AUGUCGGCGCUCUGGUCAGCGUGGGGCGCAGAUGCCUUCACCGAGCAGGUCGAAAAGGCCACGUCCGAAAUGCUCCCCGUAGGCUCAGAAGACAUUGCGCUCAACCUCGAGAUUUGUGACCAGGUGCGAGCCAAGCAGGUCCCUGCCAAACAGGCCAUGCAGGUGCUUAAGCGUCGCCUUAGCCACAAGAACCCCAACGUCGUCCUCCUCGCGCUUGGUCUCACCGACAUCUGCAUCAAGAACGGUGGCGAUCAUUUCCUCCAACAAGUGGCAUCGCGCGAGUUCAUGGACAACCUCCUCUCCGUCCUUCGUAAUCCAGCUGGCGUCAACAACGACGUCAAAAACAAGGCGCUCGGCCUCAUCCAGAACUGGUCACAGAUCGCGCAGGCAAAGCCAGCACACAUGAGCUACAUCACCGACAUUUACCAACAGCUCAAGAGCGACGACCAAUUUGACUUUCCCCCCCUUGACCCUAACGCCGCAGCUGUCGCCGCCGCUCUCGUCGAAACGCUCACCGCACCCGAGUGGGUCGACGGCGAUGUCUGUAUGCGAUGCCGUACCGCAUUCACCACCUUCAACCGCAAGCACCACUGCCGCAACUGUGGCAACGUUUUUUGUCAGCAGUGCUCCAGCCACAACAUGGCGCUUUCCUGGUUCGGCAUCGGUCAAGAUGUACGCGUCUGCGAUGGCUGCUACGCUCGAAAAGGUCCUCCCAAGAACGCACUCAAGCUCUCGCGGUCCAAGAGCGCCAGCUCUUCUUCUCCUUCCACCUCCUCCAGUAAACAUGUCCCUUCUGGCCGCGGUGCGUCGUCCUCCUCAUCCCACCACCGCUCCGCAACCCUCGGUGCCAAGUCAAAGCGCAGCGCCCGCCAAAAGGAGGAGGACGACAUUGCGCUCGCCAUCAAGCUGUCUCUCGAGGCUUCGGCUGAAACUGCACCGCAGCGCUCUCGUCCCACCUCUUUUGCAACACCAAGUCAGCCCUCUGCUGCCACUUUGAGUGCACACAAGCCUCCCAAUGGCCGCGUGCUCGAAGGCACCGAUGCAGACAAUGAUCCUGACCUCGCUGCUGCCAUCGCUGCCAGCCUGAGAGACUGGGCGCCUCCGCAACCGAGUGCUCCCUUCGGUCUCAACGACACAGCUGGCCCUGCACCCACUUCGGCGACCGAUGCCAGCCAGUCUGCAAACUCACAUCUGCCCUUACCACCCUCGCUCGACCUAGCGCCGCAAGACGUCGACAACAUCCUCACCUUCUCCCAGACGGUGCAAGCACAGCAGGCGCACAACCAGCGCACCGGCAUGGUGGGAGCACCUCUGCCCGCGUCGGUGCAGGCCAUGUACGAAAAAGCAUCGUCUGCAAGGCCUCGUAUGGCGCGCAACCUCGAAGAAGGUCAUCGACGCCACAAUGUGCUGGUCUCGAUGCACGAUAAGCUCACCGAGGCGGUGCACCUGUAUGACCGUUUGCUCGAUGCACAAAUGACACGUCCCGCUCAAGCCUACGCUCCUCAUGGCUAUGCGCAAGCCACCUACCCCGCUGCUUCUCAUCAGGGCUAUGGCUAUGGCUACCAGCCGUCGAUUCCACUGCACGAAUCUGCUUAUGCCGCCCAACAGGCUGGACCUUCGUCUCUCUAUCUUCAGACGCCGCAAUCUCACGCUGGUCCUCUUUCAGAUUAUUCGGGUACUCCUGCUCCGUGGCUCCCUCAGCAGCAGCAGCAGCUUCAGCCUCAGCCUCAAACUCAGCCCCCACAGUACGAACAGCCGCCGUAUCAGCCAACCCAACAGCCCUACGCACCCCACGCAGCUCAGCCCCAAUACGCACGCGAUCAACCACCCCCACAACACUCAGCGCAACAACAACAACAACAGCAACAACAACAGCAACAGCAACAGCAACAACAACAGCAACAGAAACAGCAACAGAAACAGCAACAGAAACAACAGCAGCAGCAGCAUCUUAACCCGCAGUAUCAGCAGUAUGCUUCACCCAAUCCAGUCAGCAACCAUGCCAAUGCCGUCUACGCUGACCCCAACCAAGCGCUCUCACCCACAAGCACAGUUGCAAAUACGGCACAGUACGCAGCUUAUGACUAUUCAGGCGCAACAAUCGACCAUGCAUCGCAUACACAGGCCAACAGUGUUGCACACACGACAGCGCCCGCCUACGCUCAAACCAACGGAGCAGCUAGCAUGUCGUCGGCUGAACCUCUGGCAUCGCAACCUCCGGAUACGCUUUCUGUGCGUACCCAGGGUAUCAUGGGCGGGGCACCGUCCAAUGUUUCCACGGUGGUGCCGGCUGACAAGUCGCAAGUCAUCAAUGAUGGAAAGGGCAACGAAUCGAUUUCUACGUCGCAUCUGCCGGAAGACGCGUCCAUCUCGAGCCGCAACGGAUGGAGUGCGGUGCCUACACCGGCCUUAACAGAGGGUGCACUUGAACGCACAGCCACAGGAACCGAUGUGCAGCACCAACGUCAACAGCAAAGCUACCAUCAGCAGCAAGCGCCUGUCAAAGCUGAUACAAGCUACCUGCCUCUGUUCCCCGUAGCACCUCAUCCCGACAAUGGAUUUGGACCGGAUCGCAAUGCAGCCGAAGCAACGUCGCCGAUGGCUAGUCCCUACACCAAUGCACCGUCGUCAGCAGGCAUGUGGCAAAACCCAGCGGGGACAGGCGUGACAAGUGCAAGUGCAAAUGCAAAUGCAAAUGCAAAUGCAAAUGCAGAUGCAGCCGCCACGGAAUCGCCUUUGAUCGAGUUUUAA